AAGUUUUAUGUCUAUAAACCACUGAAAUUUUCCUGUCUAAACAUGAGUAUGUGGGUGUUUGUGGCUCUGCUGCUGUUGCGCUGUGCACCAUUCCAUGCAGAAAAAACUGAUGUACCAGAAAAUGAAAACCAGCCCAACAUCUGGACUGAGAUGAAGGAAGUGAGAGAUAUGAUGGUAGAGCUGAAAGUCAAGAUGGAUUUGCUGAUAAAAGAGAAUGCAGGAUUGGUUGAACGACUAAAGAUCAGUGAAGCCCAACUGGCAGAGUUAAAGAACGAGAAAAUAGCAACCCCAAAGGUGGCAUUUUCAGCUGAUUUAGGUCACCGUGGUGACUUAGGUCCCUAUAAUACUGAAAUCACACUGACGUUCAAUAACAUCUUCACCAAUAUUGGCAACAGCUACAAUCCAACAACAGGUAUCUUCACAGCGCCAGUUAAAGGUGUUUACUUCUUCAGAUUCACUGUAUGUGGUGUGCAAAGCUCAAAAUCUUCAGGUGGAUUUUUGUACAAGAAUAAUGAGAAGAUUGUGGCAGUAGGUCAGUGGCAUAACCACAAUCAGCACAGAUAUGCAUCAAACGCAGCUGUCCUACAGUUAGAAGUGGGUGAUGUAGUUACCAUGAAACUUCUUCCAGGUUACACCAUCCAUGACAGUGUAGAUAAUCUCAGCACUUUUAGUGGAUUCCUCAUUUAUCCAUUAUACUAAUGAUAUUACAUUUUACAUUGUCAUGUAUAGCUGGAACAAACCAAUAUAAACAUUGUGACAUCAUGACAAUUUGUAAUAAAAAUAUUUUAAAAAUUG